CAGUUAUUCAGCAGGCACCUGGGCUGGGGCAACGGUUACGUGCACUGCUACUGCAUCAUGUAAAUCAGGUACAUGUACCUGAUUUACAGACCAUGGUAGACGAGAGAGAGAGAGACUAGGCAUGGUUAGCAUUUUACCGUUCACGCUAUUUUCGACGGUGGGCCUGCACCGUUGUUUGUGUGUGUAGACAUGGUAUUUUACAGUUUACACGCUGGAUCCAACGGUACUCGUACCCAAACCCAAAGUACCGUCGGUUUGGUACCGUUUCGACGAUAGAAAGCUCUUUUUAGCGGGAGAACGAAACGGUAAGAUUCCAACUAGGGUUACCUCACACGUCUAUCGUUGCGUCAGGAGUCAGGACUCAGAAGCCGAACUGCUAACCGUGUCUCGAAAACAAAUCAAAAACAGUAGACUCACCCUCUACACGCCGACCGUCGAAAAUAGCGUGAACGGUAAAAUGCUAACCAUGUCUAAUGAGAGAGAUGAAACCCGAUCGAGUGAGUCAGCUUUGCGGCCUGCAGGAGUGAAAAUCACAGACAGACAGUGCUCGCAAGUAAGUCUAGGGCUGCACCGAACAAAGGGCAUAUUUUUCUCAGGUGUUGCGACGUCAUCAAUGACAUUAUAUUAUUUCAGCAGCUCAUCGACCAGUGAGUCGCAAAAUACCGGUAUUUUAGGACUCCCUGACAUCUGCCGUACGGACGGUCGGUCCCUACUGCAGUACUGGCCCUGGCGCUAGCGCUAUCCUCACAUGCGCAAAGAGAAUACCACAAUGAGGCAUGACGAUUGUACUGAUGUAGACAGACCGGUAUCCAAGAAAACUGCUUGACUACAACCUACGAAUCCAUGUAACUAUUACUUGUUGAUGUUGUCUUGUUGACAAAAGACUGAGUCUGUCAACCAACGACAGGGCUUACGUCAUCGACCUCGUACCAUACUACUAUCCAUAGUCAGGUUUAUGACAGGAGUGUGGCCCACGGCGCCAAGACAAGAGCAUCACUGACUCGUCGAGAUCGGAAGACCACGGAGAGGCGCACGCACCACGUAGAUCUACCGUCCUUGGAUCUGCGCCUACAGACAGGCAGUUCAUGCAGCGCUUUGCGGACAAACCAAUAAUGAUAACAGUCAGUGAGUUUGAGAACGGCACAGAUCAUUCAGCUGUCGGUUGAGCCACACUGAGGACAGACAGUGAAGAUGACUAGAUAGUGGACUAGUACAAAUAUCUACUGGCUGGAGACCAGCCCGUCGUCUUUUCUAGAUCAGCUGGCUGUGUCAGUGAAAGAAAUUCCCUUCGCGUAAAAUUGUAUUUUACGACUGAGUUCUUCUUUAGACUUGAGAUAGAAUUCUUGCAGUUUGCGAAGUAUUUUUGAUGGUAGCGGUGCUUGCUGAUUGAGAGAUCACGCUACAUAUGGUGCCAUUGGUGGUGUAGCCAUGGCAAUGGAGACUCUUCCCAAGGCAGAGUACCUGCUCAGCCUUAUACAGAGGAAUGAUCAAGAGGAGUUGAGGAAGGCAAUCCUUCAAUAGGACGGUACCUUGAAGGAAGGUGUAGAAAACCUGACAUAUACCAACAGAGAUAAAGAGAAGAAGUCAUUACUGGGUCGGCUGCUAUUCGAGGCCUGCGAUGGUGGCCGCCUGGAGUGUGCCUGCAUCCUUGCAGACUGUUGCGGAGAAACAGUGAUCAACCAGUUGUAUCGCACUUUGGGUUCAUGGAGUUGCACUCCACUACAUAGAGCAUGUACGCGGGGUUACAUCGAUAUUGCCAAGCACCUUGUCAAGUGUAAAGCCAAGGUGGACAAAACUGAUUCGGUUGGUGACCUUCCUGUUCAUGACGCUGCUGAGAAUGGACAUCUGGAAGUCGUCAAGUAUCUACUAGAUGUCCAGCCCGACAUGGUCUCCGUAGAGGGCAGAGGCGGUGAACUUCCUGUUCAUCUUGCUGCUUGGAAACUACAUCUGGAAGUCAUCAAGUAUCCACUAGAUCUCCAACCAGACACGAUCUCUGUAAAGAACAAGUACGGUUCCCUUCCUGUUCAUCGCGCUGUUUGGAACGGACAUCUGGACGUGGUCAAGUAUCUAGUAGAUCUCCAACCCGACACGGUCUCCGUAAAGAACAAAUACGGUAACCUUCCUGUUCAUAACGCUGCUGUGAAGGGACGUCUGGAAGUCGUCAAGUAUCUACUAGAUCACCAACCCUACACAGUUUCCGUGAAGAACAAAGAGGGGAGAACUCCUCUUGGUGAAGCAGUGUACUGGGAGGGAGCAGGUUGUGUACCCAACUUGCUGGAAGUCACCUGGACCAAGCUAGCAUAUGAUGAGGCAAAGGAGAUUGUGGAGGAAGCCAGAAGGAUAGCUCAAACCCGCGGAAAAACGCAAGCAUUGGACUUGAUUAAGACCAGCUUGAUACGUGAAGAGUUUGGUGUUGAGGGUUACACUGAUCCUACUGAACUGAUUGCCAACGUGUGUGGAGCAGAAGGUUCAGGAAAAUCUACCUUCAUUUCAUCCUUCACAGCAGAAGGUUUCUUCAAUAAACGGCUACGCAAGGAGAAUCAACCGGACUUGAAGGCAAAAGAUUUAGCAUCCCGAACAAAGGGAAUUGAAGAAACCAUUUUCAACCAAUCGCAGGUGAAGGUGCAUUUUCGCGACUUUGCUGGCCAAGAGCAUUACACCGAGUCGCAUGACAUAUUCACGGUUGCCAUGACAGCACCAUCUGUUGCCGCAAUAGUGGUGGACGGCACAGAGUGUGUUGAUAAGAUCACACAGACCGUCAGCGCAACCGCAGCCAAUAUUGUUUGUCGCCUGUCUGCACCUGAUGAUGGCUCUCUACAGACUGAGCAACAAGACCAGCAGCACCACCAGCACCACCACCAGCAGCAGACGCAGCAGCAGCAGCAGCAACAACACCAGGAAGAACUGCAACAGGCGCAGAGAAUUGAUGUCAUUGCGAUUGCCACACGAGCUGAUAAGCUAACACCAGAAGAGCGCACUGAAGUGGAGAAGGCCAUAAGGAGAGGAAUGAAAGCAUUCUCUCAGCACUUCGAUCUCUCCUUUGUGAGAGUAGUGGAUGCCAGAAAGUCCAACAGUUCCAGCAUGAAUGAUAUUAGGAGACUAUUCAUGAGCUUGGUGAACCGAGUGUUGACGAAAUCUCCCAAGCAACCACGUUUGCUGCAGAAUGCUCGAAAGCAUUUGGAUGAGGUUCAGGCAUCUAUGCCCAAUCCAUACUGCUCAAGAGAUGAGUUUGGGCUGGCACUCUACAAGGCAAUUCAAGGAACGGACACUGCACCGCCAGAACGAUUCGCUGACAGAUAUCUACGCAUCUUGAGUGCAUAUGGAUAUGUCAUCACAUUCCCAGAGCUGAAUGAUCUGGUGGUUCAUCAGCCUCGCUGGCUCCUGCAGGACGUGAUCGGGUUUAUGUACUCGUCCAACGUCUUCCCCCACCGCCCUGAUGGCAUUGCCAGGGAAUACAAGAUGAGUGAAGAGGAGUUCGUCCGUUCACUGACUUCAUUCGCCAAAGUCGGAGAAAAAGCUCUGCUCUGCGUGCGUAUGGUUCUACAGCUCGGCUUGUCCAUCCGCUAUCAGAAGGAUAUCCUUGCUCUCUCCCUGUUUCCCGAGUGCACACAGCCAUUGAAGGUGCACAGAGCCUUCAUGACCUCACAAGUGAUGGUAGGUUCUGUGUAUACCUGCAAUGGCUGUGUGCCAUUCUCAUCUGGUCUCAUUGUUCAAUGCCAAGCACGUGUAUACGACUACUCCGAUUGCUUUUUCGCCAGUACUGAUCCCAUGUUCUUCAAGAACACCAUCAUUGUCCACCCGUAUCCGCACACAACAGUGCUGAUUGUGUUUUCGUCCGACCGUCAGCGCUGUUGUAUUGCAGUGACGUCCAGUUGCGGUACGUACCUGCAAGUGGUUCACCACGUCCACUGGUUAUUUCAAGCUCUCUUCCUUGAGCUACUGAAGAGAUACAGUCGUGGUACUUCGGUAGAGCCCACUGUACUCAGCCUGAGCAGCAUGCGUCAGCUUAUCCAGCAAUCCGCUUCACCAGCUGCCAUCUCUCCAGUGGUUGCUUCCUACUCGUCCGAAGCCGUCAUUCUUGCCGCAAGCAGUGUGCAAAGCAAAGAUGUCAAGGACGCCAGCGGUGUGUUCGUUGACUCGGUGCAGGAUCUUCAUCACGUUCCUGCCACGCAUGUCAGUAUGCUUCCUGCCACAUGUACUGAUCGCCUGGAGAGUCUGCGAGAUUCCGCAUUCCUGAGCGAUCUCCAAUCAAGCGUAGAUGUGAGUGAGAGGGAAAUCAGCCGACUUGGUGGCCCCCAAUCAGUGUCGCCCGCUGGACCCAGUCGGCUGAAUGCCUCGCUGGUGUUGUUGGCAUGGUGCCGACAAUCUCAUCGUCACACAUCUACUGUGCUAUACAGCAGGUUAGCUCAGCAGUGCUUUUCUUCGCCAUUCUCCGUUUUCUACCGAGAGAUCUGCAGGAUGCUGGUGGAGAAUGAGAACAUGCUGAUGGAAGCAUUCCCGGACAUCAUCACCUAUGAACAGCGGCAGUUGAAGGAGCAAGAACGUCUUCGUUGCCAGGCCGACAAUGUUCCAUUGGCGGAUGAAAGAUUCUCAACUGCACCCAAGACGUCAUUCCUGGGACAGAAUCCCUCUAUGGGAAUGCUACGAUCUCACCUCCAUGCAAUGCACGUUACGGAUAAGCUGAUCGUGGACUCUGAUCACUACACUCUGGUCCAGGAGGCUGAGGUAGCAGGAGAAUUGCUCACAUCAACAGUAGCACCAGCAGCGCCAGCACCCACACCAGCAGCAGCACCAGCAGUAGCACCAGCAGCAGCACCAGCAGCAGCACCAGCAGCAGCACUAGCACCAGCAGCAGCACCACCAGCAGCAGCACCAGCAGCAGCACCAGCAGCAGCACCAGCAGCACCACCAGCACCACCAGCAUCAGCACCAGCAGUAGCACCAGCAGCAGCACUAGCACCAGCAGCACCAGCACCACCAGCAGCAGCAGUGGCACCACCAGCAGUAGCACCAGCACCACCAGCAGCAGCACCAGCAGCAGCACCACCAUCACCACCAGCAGCAGCACCAGCAGCAGCACCAGCAGCAGCACCAGCAGCAGCACCAGCAGCAGCACCACCAGCAGCACCAGCACCAGCAGCAGCACCACCACCAGCAGCAGCAGCAUCACUGACUGUAGCAGAGAGUGAAGCUGAUCCAUUUGAGGACGACUCAUUCACCGCACAUAUCCUACCAAAGUUGUACAAGAUAUCUUGUGAUGCACUGCGGCAAAGCGUUCAGGCACAAGGACUCCUGAGUGGUUUUGAUCCCCUUCCGGAACUAAACCGUAUUGAACAAUUUGAAGGUGCAGAGAAGCAUCACUUGAAGUUGAUUGGAUACAUCCGUGCUGGAGAGCGAGAUGCAUACAGAAAGCUGUGUGCAGCAGUGGGAAACCUCAACUUCCAAGAUCUGCACAACACCAUGCUACGGCUACUGUAGUAGGAACUCUAGUCAUGAUGUGAUUGUGCAAGACUGCUUUCUCCCAGCACUCCAUGUACAUCACUGUUCAGAUUGUGCAAGACUGCUUUCUCCCAGCACUCCAUGUACAUCACUGUUCAGAUUGUGCAAGACUGCUCUCUCCCAGCACUCCAUGUACAUCACAACAGUCAUACUCACGCAGCCGACAUAACUCGUUGCCCGUAUCCCGGUAUGCUUGUUUGUGUCGUUCUUCCCCUGCCACUGCUCUGCCCUAUGCAACGCGUUCUUUUUCCUCAUCUACACAUGUAUCAUAUUGUAUUCUUGAGUUGCUUGCUCACCAGUUGUGGAUAUGCUCCAUGUGUAUUCUUUUGAAGGUGACCGUCCUUGAGAAUAUUUUCUCAAACAGCAGCUCCACCACCUCUGCGCCCACCCCCUCCCCAUCUUCCCUCCUCUCUCCCAAUCCCACACGCGCACACGCGAGCAUGUGCGCACAUACAUAAUUUGUUCUGUUGUUUGCUGUGCUUGCCAAGACUGUUGGUAUGUUUCGAUCGACUGUGUUUUUUUACUAAUGCAUGUAAAUAUGUACAUGUAUACAUAAAUGUUCCUACUAUUUAAAAUUCAAUUUGGUUUGCUCUAGAGCAUCUUUCUUUUGUUCUUAUUUCUUUCCAGCUACAUCUCUACAUAAAUGUCCCUAGUCUUUAAAAUUCAUUAUGGCUUGCCCUAAUGCACCUCUAUUUGCUGUGACAAUUGCACAGUAUUAUUUUCAUUUUUCACUUGACUUUGUUCACAUUUUUGCAUUUGCGCACAUACAUAAUUAAUUUUGUUCUAUUGUUUUCUGUGCUGGCCAAGACUGAUCGUAUGUUUCCAUCGACUAUGUUUUUUGAAUAUUUUCUCAAACAGCAACUCCCCCACCUCUGCCCCCACCCUCCUCUCUUCCAAUCCCACACGCGAGCACGUGCGCGCAUACAUAUCUUGUUAUAUUGUUUGCUGUGCUUGCCAAGACUGCUGGUAUGUUUGCUAAUACAUGUACAUGCCUGUACAGGUAUACAUAACAUGUUCCUACUCUUGAAAAUUCUAUUCGGCUUACUCUAGAGCACCUUUCUUUUGUUCUUAUUUUUAUUGCCACAUCUGUACAUAAAAUGUCCCUAGUCUUUAAAAAUCAUUUUGGCUUGCUCUAACGCACCUCUCUAUUUGCUGUGACAAUUGCACAGUAUUCUUUUCAUUUUUCACUUGACUUUGUUCACAUUUUUGCUUCGGCUGAGACUUCUGUUGACCCUGUAUACAUGUAUUGAACUUGGCAGCUGAACUUCAUCUCCUUUCCUUGUUUUUUUUAAAUGCCUGAACAGAUCAUGACUUUUGUCACUUCUCCACUUUGCGUGCUUAUUUCAGAAAUUUAUGUGAUGGAAAUCACACACAUGUAAUUCUAGGCUUGCAUUGUUUAUAGUCA